AUGGCGUGCUGUUGUCGUAACCCGUGUGGUAAUACAUUACGAUCACUCUACGAAGGGUUCUCCCUCAGCUUCCUCACUCAGCUCGACAGAUCCAGCUACCCCAGAGUAAGAAAACUCAUCACCCAGCACUUGUUACCAGAGAACACUGCAUCCGAGAUUAUCCGACACAAACUUCCACAACCUGGAACUAAUCAUGUGUUAGUAGAAGGGUACUGGAUUGAGAGGGGGGACCUGGAACCGGUCACCACGCCAGGUUACAUCCUUACUCAAACUGUAAAGGAGAACCUGCACGACCUAGCACGUGCUGUGAGCUCGGCUGAGUACCCUGUAUUACUGCAGGGUCCUACCAGCGCAGGAAAGACGUCUGUGGUAAAGUACCUGGCCGGUAUAGCUGGGACAACAGUUAUCCGGAUUAAUAACCACGAACACACGGACCUACAGGAGUACGUGGGUAGUUACUGUGUCGGGGAGAACGACAAACUCGUCUUUAAAGAAGGUCUUCUGGUGGAAGCAAUGAGAGCCGGACACUGGUUGAUCCUGGACGAGUUGAACCUGGCACCAACUGACGUUCUUGAAGCGUUGAACAGAGUCCUCGAUGACAAUAGAGAGCUUUUCAUCGCAGAGACUCAGAUAACUGUAAAAGCUCACCCUCAUUUCAUGUUGUUUGCGACACAGAACCCAGCUGGUGAAAUGAACAGCACAACUACAAUAUCAGCACACAACACGACAGACACCCUCGUCUACCUCAUUCCCUGGCUAGAUAAUGUGUACGGAGGAGUCAGCCUACUUGGAUCUCUUACUGGAACCGUAGGGAAUUUACUCAGUAUACGAUACUUUGCUCGAGAACGAAAGAAAGUGUCCAACAUGCUCUACCUUUGGAUGAUCGGAAUAGAUGUGAGCAGCCGGACAAAAUCGGGAAUAUUUGCUGGAAGACACGGUCUGAUAACAUUGCGAGACCUUUUUAGAUGGGCAGACAGAUACAGGCUGAGUGCUGAAAACGACAACUUCACUGACUGGGACCAAUUGCUAGCUAACGAUGGAUACAUGUUACUGACGGGAAAAGUCAGGCGGUGCGAUGAAGAAGAAAUCAUAAAGGAUGUCCUUGUAAAAGUCUUUAAGCGAAAAAUAGAUACGAACAGUUUCUUUGAUGGGUCACUGGUCUCUUUAGAUUUCUUGUCUAUGACCGAGAGCAUUGGUAUAGUGUGGACACCCAGUAUGUUACGACUGCUGACCCUGGUUAAUCGUAGUCUGGAGUUUCAGGAGCCGGUACUUCUCAUUGGAGAAACAGGGUGCGGUAAAACCACAAUCUGUCAAGUGAUGGCAGCCCUGAAGAAUUUGAAACUUCACAUACUCAACUGUCACAUGCAUUCUGACACAGCGGACUUUAUUGGGAGUCUUAGACCAGUGCGCGAUCGUUUGGGAGAUAAGCUCUUCGAAUGGGUUGAUGGACCACUGAUCGAGGCAAUGAAAAAGGGGGAUAUGAUCCUACUGGAUGAGAUCUCUCUAGCGGACGACUCAGUGCUUGAGCGACUAAACAGUGUCCUGGAGGUGGAGAGACAACUGACCCUGGCGGAGAGUAGUGAGUCUCUCACCCUCACUGCUCACUCAAACUUCAGGAUUAUUGCCACCAUGAACCCUGGAGGGGACUACGGUAAAAAGGAGCUCUCUCCCGCUCUGAGAAACAGGUUUACCGAGAUUUGGUGCAGUGCGGGUGACACACUAGCUGAGAUGAGGGCUAUCAUCCACCAUCAUUUGACCCAUGAGGAUAACCGGGAUAAGAUAAGUGAUAUGAUGGUUCAGUUUAUUGGGUGGUUUCAGGAGCAUACUUCUGGGAAACAGAUUAUAACAGUACGUGAUGCCCUAACAUGGACGACAUUCCUGAAGAACACCUCAGAACUACCGACCCCCUUAGUUCAGCGAUACCUUCACGGUGCUCACUUGGUCCUGGUGGACGGGUUAUCUGACCUGGCACUCAAACACCACUGUCGAUCUUACCUGGUGGAACAGUGCGGGGAGGUCCUGGACCUCGCCUGUGAAGUGCGUGUUGCAGCAACUUGGGUAGAUUUCGGAUCCCUUCGUGUGAAGCGUGGAUCCUUAGAGUGUCCUGACUUGGACGGUUAUUCUUUGGGAGGCCCAACAACUACCGCUAAUAUUCUCAGGAUUACUCGUGGUCUGCAAGGACAUCCUGGAGUCGGUAAAACCAGUUUAACCAGUGCAUUGGCUAAGCUGCUAGGAUAUCGGUUAACUAGAAUCAACCUCUCCGAGCAAACGGACAUGUCCGAUCUGUUCGGUUGUGAUUUGCCAAGUGAGGAUGGAUCUGGGUUUUGUUGGCGGGACGGUCCACUACUAAAAGCUUUAAAACUUGGAAAUUGGGUUCUAUUGGAUGAAAUGAAUCUAGCUAGCCAAGCUGUUCUUGAAGGUCUAAACGCUUGUCUUGAUCACCGAGGGGAGCUAUAUGUCCCUGAGCUCUCCAAAACAUUCACCAUUGGAAACAGCCACAACAAAACUCGCUUCAUUGCUUGUAUGAACCCGGUGGAGCAGGGUGGCGGAAGGAAAGGUCUCCCCAAGUCCUUCCUCAACAGAUUUGUCAAGGUUUACAUAGAGAUGCUGACUAAGGAAGACAUGGUCCUGGUAUUAUCGAACACACACCCGCACAUCCCCUCCGAAACUCUGGGCAAGAUAAUAUCCUUCAACUGGUGUAUUCAUGAACAGGUAUGUGUUCGUGGAGAAUGGGGGAAGCGAGGUUCACCCUGGGAGUUUAACCUGCGGGACACGAGACGUUGGUGCGAUCUCAUCUCAGCAUAUCCCAAUGUUCCACCCCCCUACUUUAUCGAUACUGUCUAUACCUCAAAGUUUAGAUGUGAAGUCGACCGGGAGAAGGUUAGGAAACUUCGAUCUCUGAACUUUCCUGGUGAAAUUUCCCGACCAAUUCCUCUCCUUAUGAGCAGCGACAAGGUUCAAAUUGGUCCGACUGUUCUCACCAGACACUGCGCAAGCGUUCCUACAACCUCUCACAUCUACAGUCCUCAGCUUGUUGCCAUGGAGACUCUGGCACAUGCUGUCAAAAUGAACUGGAUGUCGAUAUUGAUUGGACCCAGCAACUCAGGGAAGUCGACCACUCUAAGAACGUUUGCGGCGAUGUGCGGUAGAGAUGUACUGGAGAUAGGGUGCAGUUCCGUGUUUGAUAUAAGUGAUCUCCUUGGAGGCUUCAGCCAGGUAUCCAAAUCUGCGUAUUUUGAAAUAAUUCGACAGUUAGUAGAUGAUUUGGUGAAGGAGCUAAUCGUUGUUCAACACGACCAUCUCGCCCCUCUCUUGGCUGCUUGCCCGAGAUUGCAGAACGACGAUAAAUUCGAAGAAAAUGUCCGGAAAAUUCUUAAAAUUCUAUCUACUGGAGUGUUCCCCGUAAAAGUGAAUCUCAUUUUGGAACGAAUCUUAACCGUUAUCCGUAAAAUUGAGAAAAGUACUGAUGGGACGUUUGAAUGGAAAAACAGUCGCUUUGUGGACGCCCUUAUCGAAGGUAGAUGGGUAGUGCUUGAUAACGCCAACUUAAUAUCUCCGAGCGUCCUAGACCGACUUAACCCACUCCUCGAACAGAAGGGUGUCCUUGUACUGGAUGAGAGGGGGUAUGUUAACGGUGAAGCUACGGUCAUAACUCCCCACCCAGCUUUCAGGUUGUUUAUGACAAUGGACCCCCGGUACAGUGAGCUGUCCAGGCCGAUGAGGAACCGAGGAGUUGAGAUAUAUCUUGACUGUGAUUAUCAAAUCAGAAAUAAUCAUCAACCCCGCCUUCUCCCAGAGAACUCAGCCGCUUUCAAUGUUAACCUCUAUUGUCAUUUGUUAAGGAAGCUUUCAUAUGAGAAUACAGAAGAGGUGAUGAGGAAUAUUCUAGGAUACCUCCCCAUUUCAACAUGGUCCUUAAUACUCGCUACCUUUGGAAAUAAACUUUCCAGUGCUUUCGUGGAUUCAUUGCGCAGCUUUAUCAAGUCAAAAGAGGGUCACAUUGACCUCACUCCAAGCGACUCAAAACUAAGCUCAUGGACUGUUAAACCCAAUUCUUCAUUCAAGUGUUACAACAAGUUUGUGUGUCUAAGUUAUGAUCUGAGUACGAUGAGCAACAGCAAAACUCUCACUGAAUUGGGAAACAGCCUGGCAGCGGUUGAGUGGACAGAUCUAUAUCUCUUCAGGAAAUUUUUGCUUUUGUUCAAAAUGUUCAGUAAAGGCGAGAAUGGAACGCUCUGGUGGGAACUAAGAGAGGCAUUACUCGACCACCCACUAUCCUCCCUGUACGACGACCGGUUUGGGUCCUCCAGGGACGAUGUUCAUUGGCACCUGGUGGAGAUUGUUGGCCAUCCUCCCCUGGUUCAGUCAGAGGAACUUGGCUGCAUUAUCGAUAGUUAUUUGACGGAGUGUGACGUAUUCACUAGUCACGAUGAUGCGUUUCUGCAGAUCAUAUUCGAAGGAAUAACUCCUGACCAACGCAAUCAAACGGUGAACUCGAGUGUGAAACCAGUCGAGGGUAACUGUGACAACAAUGAAAUACCUAAUUCGACGGGGAAGGAAUCCUCACGAACCACUGGACUGGCUCUGUUGUUAGCGGAGAUUUUAGUCACUCCCACCAACCUUAACGAAGACGAUAAGAGAGCUAUUAGGAGUGCAGUGUUUCCUCACGUCUCACCGUAUUUAAGAUGGUCUCUCAGAGCAUUCACGGGACAAUCUCAACAUCUUACGGAUAUACUUGCUUAUCUGAUCUACAAAACGUCUGAUUCGGUUGAUUCAAAUGGCAAAAGUUUUAGUAAAGAUCAAGAUACGGUGCUCGAUGUCCCAUCAAUGUGUUCCUUUGACGAAUGGACCAAGAAUCUCACACAAACAAUAUCAAACCAGAUCCUUCGCUCGCUUAUCGGGGGAUCUUCAAUAAUGAAGAACUUGCGGCACGCACGCUUGAAAACAAUAAGAAGUGUUAGCGGUAAAAGGACGGAUGCGGGGACGGUGGAUUCGCUGUUGGAGACCAUGGAAAAGACUUGUUUACUUAGUAAAUCAGAUCCUGUGAAGCACUAUACCAUCCUCCACAAUUUUACCUUGGCAUAUGUGGAAUUAUUGGAGAACCACCGAAAGAUGCAUUCCUCGAUACAGAGUCACGCUCAAGGGGGCGCCCAGGUACCGGAGUCCGCAUAUCCAUAUACUGUUAUCCAUGAACAUCUGGAAAGAGCUAGAACCACUGUUGGUGAAACUGCCUGUAAAUUAGGGCAUCGUCCUGGUCAGCCUAGUUACAGUGAUCUAUCUGAGGAGUUGGCAAUCUUCAACCGUAUUGUUUGCCAACGGGCUAGCGAAUUGAAAGGAGAUGAAGCUAAAGUGGAAUCUUGGAUGAAAUCUGUCGGAACAUUCGUCUCAAAAACCUAUACCAAAUAUUGGCACUACAGAGACGUUCUGGCCCCAUUUGUGAUAGCUCUAUAUUGUUUGUAUCGAGCGAUCGAAGAGUCAGUAAAGCUAACAACUCCGAAAAAACAACAUGGUUUCGUGUUAUUCGACCGCAUAGACCGGCUUAACCAAGUGAUAUCUUCAAGUUUGCAGGGAAGUCAAGUGGCAACGAAUAUAAAGCUAAUGGACCAUAUGGUAGCUCUCUACAGCUAUAGGGAGAGCAUAACCACCUUUGUCGAAGAGGAUCUGGCAGGAACUGUAUCUGUUGUGAAAUCGUUUUAUCUCUCAUGGGAGCGUAACAAAGAACUGCGCGAUAAAAUGGAGAGAAACCAGGAGUCGAUCUACAAAGAUACAGAACGUUUUCAACUAGAAGACGACGUAACUAUCGAAAAACUGUUCCCUACUUACGAGGAUUUCAACGAUCUUGAUUCACCUGAAGAUGCACAAAUGGAUACUACAGUAAACGAAUCCUCUAUCCGAUUCUCGCAGGAUAAAGAUGGAAUAGUUCCUGUUGAAGUGAUGGGAGACUACAUACAGCGACUUAUCGACCUUUUACAACAUGACGGUAGUGUCAGCCAGGCAGAAACCCUGUUACGCCUCAAAAAAUGUUUAUCUUUGAAACACUUAGAAGGAUUGGAUAUUAUAGACAAAGGCGAAGCUAUUACGGUAGGCUCCAGCUGGAGCAAUCUUGAUCGUUUCACCUCGCCCUCCGAUACUGGUGAAGAUUGUGUGGACAUAUACCGGGGGUCAUACCCCGCGCAGGUCAAGGCAAUCAGACCUUUGUUAAAGGAUCUGGGUGACAGAACAAGAGGCUUCCUGGAAACAUGGCCCGAACAUCCCGCACUCCUUCAGAUAAAAGCUGUCGUUGAACGAAUUGAAGGUUUUCCUCUUGACCAGCCAAUUGUAAAGUUUUUACAAGGUCUGGAAAUACUGCUCACCAAAUGCCAGUUGUGGGAGGGUAUAGCGUCACGGAAAGUGUCUAUGUCGGACGCUGUGGAAACGCUGACCCAACAGAUCAUACAAUGGCGAUCAAAUGAACUCAGGUCAUGGCCAUUACUGCUGGACAAAGCCUUCCGUAACCAUCUGGCCAGUACCAAUGACAACUUCUUAAAACUUGCCAACUUGGUAAUCGAAUCAGGAAAUCUGGAGUCCGGGGCGCAGUGUUCCAGUUUUGUUUCCGCAGUAUUCGCCUUUAUAGAGGACAGCUCCGUCGGCGAUUUCCAAGAACGUCUCCAGUAUUUGAGACUUUGUUCCGAUAAACUGGGUGUACAUGGAAAGAUCAAGAAAGUUCUUCAAUCAAUACAUUUUUAUUUCAGCCUUUUCAAAGAAUAUGUGAAAAAGGAGCUUGAAAAUUCUACUGCUGGCAUGAAGAAGGAACUGAAGGACUACAUCAAGAUCGUGCGUUGGAAAGAUGUUAACUAUUUCAGUGUCAAGCAGUCUACAGAUGCAUCUCAUCAGAAAUUAGUUAAAUUCAUCAAGCAAUAUGAGGGGUCCCUCAAGAACCCCGUUACCACCACGCUUGAGAAGGAUGAUAUUCUACCUUUGCCGCUACAAACACCGUUACUGGUACCUCAACCAAGAAUCGACAUCGUCGUGGAAUUGGGGACCUUGAUAAAAGAUUCACUGUCGGAGCUACAAGAAGCUUCGUGCGGUUUUGAUAAAAUCGAAGAUAAAGAGAAACGACUGAAGGCUAUGAAAGGGAUUGAUCUAAGAAAGAGGAAAGCUCUAUCAGACCUCUUUAAAUGUUUAUCACAUUGUGGGCUUUCCUUUACCAGAGGCCUCUCUAUGAACUUUAGUGUCGACUACUUCUACUCGAUGAUGAGUGAGACGCACCCUAGCUCAGAAUCUUCCUGGGUUCUUCACAACCUGAAGACACUCCUAAAGCUUGUAACUGAGCCCUCUGACCAGCUUGGUCCUACUGAACUUGACAGAAUUAAAGGGUUCUCCGGACAUCUUUUUGGUAUUAUUAACGAAUUGCUCAACUUAAGGGACCAAUCCCGCCGACAUAUCUCAACUCUGGAACAGAUGAGCUCCAAUUUAUCAAGUAGACAGUAUGACGCUCACCAAGUAGCCGUAAAGAACAGAUGGGAAAUGGUUGUUAAAAAGGCGGUUCCUCUACAAGAUUGCUCCUACCAAACACUUUAUCUUACGGAUGCCAUUACUAAAUUUGAUAACGGAGCAGCUGCAUUUUCGGACCUUUACGAUAAAGGGUCCCUCGUUGAUGGAAAACUAAUGACUGACGUUAAAGGCAACGUGGACGACAUCAAGACCAGACUGCUGCACCUCAGUAAAGCUGUGCACCACCCGGAUCAUAUCUUUACGUGUGGAGAGGCUGCUGAGAUAGAACAUGUGGAGGGUAUGGUGGAAGAAACUCUGGUGUACCUGGAAGCUCUGGCGAAUAAAAAACAAAUUUUGUUCAAUAAUGUUCCCACAACCCUCCCCCUCUUGGAUAACUUGUCGAGCACAGUGAAGCAAAUAAAGGCUAUGACUGUGACCCCCACCACCGAAAGUAAAAUACUCUCUUUAAAAGAGUUGAAUUCACUACUUGCCUCCGUGAAGCUACCUUUGUUCAAAACCCCCAACAGCCCUGUAACUGAGGACUGGGGUUGCGAGAAAGGCAUGUUUGUUAACCAGCUGAAACACAUGACCGAUUUAGCCGGAAUUGCUGACCUUGAACGGCCCUUAGCUAUCAUAUCUGAUAUUCUUGUCUCAGCUAAGUUCUGCAAACCACUGCCAACUAAGAUUUUAUACAGAGUGAGAGAUGUUGUGGGUCGCCUGCUGGAGUUUUGUAAGGAAUACCUAAAUCAUCUGGAUAGCUGGCUAUCUCAUGGGCUUCUACCUGUUACUGCGACUCUGGUGAAACUAUUCAGGGAUAUUUUAAAGAGAGGAUACUGCAAGCCUGAUGAGCUGGAAGAAGCAGAGAGAGAGGGAGGUGAGAUGUUUGACAGUAGUGAGAGCGGAGGAGUAGGAGAAGGACAAGGUACUACUGACGUUAGUGAUCAGAUCGAGAGCCAGGAUCAGGUUGAGGGCACAAGAAAUGAGGAAAAAGAAGAGCAGGACGAUGUUGCCGAAGAAAAAGAGGGUCUAGAAAUGGAGGAUGAUUUUGAGGGUGCCCUAGGUGAUGUGGAGAGGGAUGAAGAAGGAGAGGAUAGUGGCGAUGAUGACCAAGAAGAAGGUGAAGAUGAUGAACAAAUGGGGGACGUUGACAAUCCGGAGGACAAACAAAAAUCUGAAACUUUCGGUGAAAACGAGGAAAAACUGCCUGACUCCGAAGCUGAAGCGGACAAAGGUGCUCAAAGUGAGCAGCAAGAUGAAAUGGUCGCAAAAGACGAUGACUUGGAUCAUGAAUCCGGCGAAAAAGAAACUGAAGACCAGGAGCUACAGCAGGAAGAUGACGUUGAAGCUGAGGAAUAUAACCCGGAAGAUGAUGUUCCGGAUCCCGAAGCUUCCGGGCAACCCGACGAUGAAAAUCCUCCUCAAGUUGAGGACCUCCCAGAUGACAUGGAGGGGUUGGAGGACCAACAGGAUAACGAAGGAGGUGACGUUGACAUGGAAGAGGUUGAAGAGGGUGGAGAUGAUCAAGAGGAAGAGGGUGUAGAGGAGGGGGAGAUUGAUGACAUAGCCGAGGAGCAAGAAGACCAACCAGAUGAAACCAACGAGGAAACGGAGAAGGUUGGGGCGAGUGUACCAACGGAUCACAGCGAGGCAGCACCCGAUCCACAAGCGGAGACAGAAAGUACACAGGGAGGUGUUGAUGCUGAACAGCAAUCAGGUGGACAGGAUGACCAGAACCAGGGUCAAUCAGCUGACGCUGCCGGCGAGAGCAGCCAUGAUAAGAGUGAUGAGACGGAUCCCGCUGAUUUAGGAAAAAGACAUCGCGAGAAUGAGAAAAAGCAAAUGUCAGAGAGCAAAUCCGCGAAGCGGGCCAAGACUUUGCCAAAAAUAAAAGAGGACCGUGAAUCUUCCAACGCUGAGGUAAAGGAUACGGAUGUCUUCGAACACACAGAGGAAGGGGAAGCGUAUGACAAAGAAGUUAUGGAUACGACUGAGCAGAAGACAGAUCAGGACUAUAUUGCUGAUGAAAAAGAAGAUGAACCAGGGGAACAGAGUGGAGUGUUGGAAGGUUACGAAGAGGAAUUGCAGGAGGCUACUGAUGACAAAAUAACGAACAGCCAAACUGACAAACAGAAUGUUCAACAAGCAGCGGAGGAUGGAAAACAGGACGAAGUUGAGGAUUCUGACCAGCCUAGCAACCAGCGGGAAACGACAGAAGAUGUCAGGACUUCCCACUUCAUUACCAACGAAGAUUAUCAAACCACAAGAAGUCAGCAGCUCGAACAGAUCAGAUCUAACCUUAUGGAGAUCAACAUAUCGGGUAGAGAAGAUAUGACUCAGAAUGAAGCAUCAGUACGUUGGACACAGUUUGAAUCUCUGACCACCCCUCUCUCCCAGGACCUUUGCGAACAGCUGAGACUUAUACUGGAACCGACUAAAGCUGCCAAGCUAAAAGGAGAUUUCCGCACUGGAAAACGUUUGAACAUGAAACGAAUAAUACCGUACAUAGCUAGCAAGUUCCAGAAAGAUAAGAUCUGGUUACGACGGAGCAAGCCAUCAAGCAGAGAUUAUCAGGUUAUGAUAGCUCUGGACGAUUCUGCUUCUAUGUCAUCUGCCGAUUGUGUUCAGAUGUCCCUUGAGGCUGUUGCUGUCAUAACUGGAGCUCUGUCCAAGUUGGAGAUAGGAAGACUCGGGGUGUGUGGUUUUGGUUCUGACACGUCCCUCAUUGUUCCGUUUAACGAGCCCUUCACCAGCAGUUCCGGAGCUAGGAUCGUCAAACACUUCAGUUUCCAAGAUACCAGCACGGAUAUUAUCAGAUUGUUGGAAUUGACUAGAAGUCACUUCGCUCAAACAGCUUCCUUGCACUCCAACCAAGCUGUUUCUCAACUUCUAUUCAUUGUCAGCGAUGGCAGGGGUCUUUAUAUCAAGGGAGUAGAGGCGGUGAAGAAAGCGGUGAAGGAAUCCUGGGAUGCAGGUGUUUUCAUGGUCUUCCUCAUUAUCGACAAACAGAGAGGCUCCGAAAGUAUACUUGACGUCCGAACUCCAAUAUUCGACAGUUCUGGGAAACUAGUGAAGAUAGAAUCAUACCUGGACAGUUUCCCCUUCCCGUACUACGUUGUGCUGAGAGAUCCGUCUGAUCUUCCUGCUACCCUAGCUGACGCUCUCAGGCAAUGGAUAGAGAUUGUAGCAAAUUCCAGUUAACCGCUCAUUCUUUUAGGCUUUUUAACAUUUAAGAGUUUCUGCUUCAAGACUGAAGCCUUAUUUUAACUUUGUUUGGGGUUUACGUUAAAUUAUUUAUUAUUUUAUACGUUAAAUUAUUUACAUCAGAGCGUUAAAAAUUGUUAAAGCGCUUUCUUUGGGUUUAACGCCGUAGUACAUACAUAUUACAUUGCGCUGAAACCUACAUUGCGAUGAAAACUGCGAUGAAAUGCCGCGCAUUUAUAAUACAGGCACACGUUUAUAAUAUGUAUAUGUAAUAUGUAUGUACUACAGCUUAACUUUAUCUGUGCAAUCUUAACAUUAUAACGAAUGCAUAUUUAAGUAACUUUGUGUGACUGCCUAAUCGGCGAUAAGGUCAGUUAUAAAAUUUCCUGAAUAGCUUGGAAGAAAGCUGACUUAUUGAUUUCAGAUCUAGACAGAACUUUAUUUUUAUUGAUCUUAGGAACAAAAUUAUUCAUAGUUUCCGUAUUGCCUGCCACUAGGGACAUCCGUUCAAAUAUGGCAAUCUGCAUAAUUGUCUCAAUCUGAAUGAAAACUGUAUCGAUGGAACCUAUUUGAAUGUAGAAUUUUUGUUUGUUUCCUCUCGGUCUCCGUUCAAGAUGUAUUUAUACCCAUUUCAACAGGUCAGUUUUAACGGAACAGGAUUCCGAAAUUGAUUUCGUUUUAAAA